UCCUGGCAAAAGCUGUAAGUGGCGUUGGUGUUUCCGAUGGACAAAAUAUAUCGCCGUACCGCGCCACUUUUGUACUCAGUUCGAUAACAGCAACAGCUGUCUUGUCAUAAAUAGCUAGCCUUCGGUUUGUUUCAGAGAGAAAAAUGCCAGUAAAAAGAGCACUCCAUUUACAGGACAAGGAAAACACACCAGCAAAGAGACCUGUGCCAGUGGGAACCUACUCUCCGUUGACUGGUACAGGCGUGUUGAGCCCUGCCCCAUCUCCGAAAGGUCAUUUUAAAGCCAGAGGAAAGACUGAUAAUCUCACUAAAACACAAAAACCCCAGACAGAUGCAGAAAAAUUGCAUGCCUUGCGAUCUAAGAUAGAAGGAUCUUUGAAAGCAUUUAAAAAGGCAAGACGACAACUGGAAGAAGUAAUGCCUACAGAGGGCAGUAGUGAGCUGAAGGCGUUCUUCUCCAGAGGCUCGGCUGACCUGCAGACUGAACUGCGCAGAAAUAGGGAGCUGGUUGCCAAAGCGGAAGCGCAUCUCAAGGGGAAUGGUGCUGGCUGUUACCGAUUUCAAGGUUUUGCAAAGCCCGGCAGCUCCUACGAAUUCCUAAAAUCGAUCCUAAACUAAGGUCCGUGCCGAGCGCGUUACGUGACGGCAAAUGGAAUAGUUCUGCUUUUCAGCAGCGCGGAAGCUGACGUACGAUGAGUCUAGAACGCCGACCUGUCAGUCAUCUCGCUCAAACGUCAAAACGAGAAUGGGCUUUCGACACAUUUACAUUGAGCUUAUUUACAUUGAGAGAGGUCUUUGCCACUCAUCUGACAAAUGUUGAUUUUAGAAUAAACCCCCGAAUGCGUCGCUGUGAAAAUAAUGUUCUUUGAGCAGGCACCCGGUCCCUGUUUGACUGACGCAAAGUAAAACCUCACCAAACCGGGCUCGGUGAAUGGCUGCGAGCCCCAGCCGGGCGCAGGAGCCGGGACUCUUUAUUUGGCAGCGCUUGCGAAAGGGCCGCGGUCGCCGACCUACGCAACAGCUGGUGUCGCGCAGAAAACAUUUCCUAUUUCUGCCCAAGGUGGAUCGUAUAACUCUCACUUUAUCACCCUUGGAGGCCAUCUGAAGGACAAAGCACAUACACCCAUAAACAAAACUAAUGUUUUUAUACGGCCCCUCCGGAGGUGGGAAAAGAGUCCUCAGCAGUCCCGCGCCCCCCCCACACCCCUCCCUCGCCGUGUGACACGGGAGCGCCGAGCUGCUGAAGACCAAGGUCUUUCCUGAAGGGUCACGCCGAGGCCCGCGAUAAACGCUCAGCGGCGGUCUGCGAUUGACUGACAGGAAGCAGCAGCCGUCCCCUCCCGCCCCGCACGCCAGCUCCGUCCUGCUCCCAAUCCCGCUAAAGCCCCUCAGGCCGGCCGCGUCCUGCCUCCACGCACACUCUGGGGAGCGGCCUAGUGGGAGUCUCAUCGGCCCCUCUGUGACCUGAUAACAUUUAUAGUUGUAAUGGAUUUUUUUAAUGCCUGUCAUUAACUCGCCCAAAGAGAGGGGGGAAAGAGAUUGCUUGUACCUUUUUUUUUGUGGUAUUUCAGCUUUAUGACAUUAUGUUCGGAUAUGUCAUCUUACAUCAUUUUUGUUUUAGAGCCCAUCAAUGCCUUUUGUUUUAAUGGACAGCGGCCUUUGUGUAGACUUGUAUUUAGCUACUGUAGUGAAGGCUUCAUGAUGAUUAAACUAUUUGAAAGACA